GGUUUGAAGGCAUGGCGGCGAAUCAAGGCCCUAUGCCGACAAUAGGCAUGCGAUUCCAGUAGUGGGUGCGCCUGGCGUAAUCUAGCGUUUCAAUCCCUCCGCUUUCGUGAGGAGAUUAUUAUCCCCGCUAGUCUCACUAGUCGGGUAUGGGCGUUCUGUCAAGCUUUAAUUGGUGGAAGUGUGAUGGGGUGCGUAAGUUGGAAUUGUCAUGGAUUGGGAAAUCUUGCAACGGUUCAAGUGCUGGAAGAUAUUGUCAAAACGCACCUCCCGGACAUUGUUUUUCUUAUGGAGACUUUAACUCGUCAUGAUAGGAUAGAAGAGGUGCGGAGGAAGGUGGGUUUUGAUGCUGCAUUUUCGGUGGACUGUGAGGGUCGUAUCAGCGGCCUGGCGGUGUUUCGGAGAGGGAGUAUAGAUGUGCAGGUCAAAUGCUUUGCUAAAAAUUACAUAGAUAUGCAUGUGAAGACAUCUCCAAGAGGACAUACAUGGAGGCUGACGGGUUUGUUUGGAUGGGCAGAGAGAAGUAACAGAAGAACCUCCUGGGACAUGCUCAGAUCAUUGGCAAGUAUGUCUGAUUUGCCGUGGAUUGUUAUGGGUGAUUUUAAUGAUAUAAUGUAUGAGUUUGAAAAAAGAGGUGUGCACGGUCAACCACAAUGGCUAAUGUUGGAUUUCCGUACAAGUGUAAAACUGUAUGGGAGAGUGGUCUAUCAAAUUUUCCUUUUGAUGGCCACCAAUUUAUGUGGGAAAGAGGCAGAGGUAUGGUAAACUGGGUAGAAGAAAAAACUUGACCGUAUACUGGUGUCGGAGGGAUGGAUGGAUUUGUUUGGGAAGGCUUGGACCACAUCGGUUAAUGGGGGUGUAAGUGGCCACAUGGCGCUUUUUAUUAAGUAUGUGAGUAACAGAGAAAAAGGGGUCUCCAGGAUUUUAAAUUUGAAAACCAUUGGUUGAGAGAGGACUGUAAUGAGAUUGUUGAGCAAGUCUGGGAUAAAAGUAGAGGGCAAGAAUUGAAGGAACGUCUGCGGUUUCUGCGGUGUGGAAUUGGGCAUGUGGGGGAGUAGAUACAGACGAGGUUUUCAGAGUCAGAUUGAUGGUUGCAAAAGGUGGAUGGAAAGGCUUAGAGGCAGGUCGGAUUCGGCAAGCGUUGCUUGUUUUACGCAGGCUAAAGCUGAAUAUAUGACAUUGCUGAUGAAGCAAAACGAUUUCUGGAAGCAGAGAGCGAAAGAAUUCUGGUUGGAGAUGGGAGAUGCAAAUACGAAAUAUUUUCAUAAUUCUGUGAAGCAGAGGAGGAGGGAAAACAUUAUAAAAGGGGUCCGAGUAGAGGGAUCUGAGUGGUUGACUAAUCAGACUGAAAUUGGCAACAUUUUUUUGCAAAAUUGUAGUUAGCUUUUCACUUCAGGAGGCUAUCAUGGAGGCGAGGGGCUGAGAUCACCGAGGGCAUAUAUCUUCAGGCAGCAGAAUAAUAUUUUAUUGAAGGAGAUAACUCCCGAAGAAGUGAAGAAAGAAGCUUUUGAAAUGCACCCCGAUAAAGUGCCAGGGCUAGAUGGUUUAAACCCGAGUUUCUUUCAAUAUUUUUGGGGAUUGAUUGGCCCAGCGGUUGUUAGUUUCUAUGAGGUAGCUUUUCAGACUGUUAAAAUAAAGGAGGGAUAUAAUGAUACGACUUAGUCCUUGUAUCGAAGAAGGAUAAGCUAGAAGCUGUUGGGGACUGGAGACCUAUUUCCCUUUGUAAUGUGGACUGGAGACCUAUUUCCCUUUGUAAUGUGGCUCACAAAUUUUUUUUUCUAAAUUAUUAGCAAACAGAAUGAAAGGCCUUCUUCAUAAAAUUAUCUCUAAAAACCAAAGUGCUUUUAUCCUUAAACGAUCUAUUGUUGAUAAUAUUAUAACUGUGUUUGAGGUGCAGCAUUACCCGAAGAGGAAAGCACAUGGGAGAGAUGGCUACGUAGCCUUGAAGCUGGAUAUGAGCAAGGCCUCUGACAGGGUGGAAUGGCCUUUUAUACGGUUAAUGAUGACUAGGCUAGGCUUUGACGAGCGAUGUGUGAACAUGAUUAUGGAAUGUGUUUCAACAGUUAAAUAUUCCCUACAGAUAAACGGGAAACAUUCAGGCCCGAUUGCGCCUACUCGGGGGAUCAGAAAGGGGGAUCCUCUAUCCCCUUAUUUAUUUAUUAUCAUUAUGGAGGGGCUCAACGAGCUGAUUCAGGCGAAGGAGGCAAGUGCAGAAGUGCAGGGCGUGAGAGUUGCUAAAAAUGUCCCGAUAAUAUCUCAUUUGCUUUUUGCUGAUGAUAGUUUCUUAUUCUUUAGAGCCCGUGAACAUGAGUGCUAUGUGAUGAAGGAUAUUGUGACUAGUUGUGCUCAAUUUUCGGGGCAGUUAGUUAAUUUUGAAAAAUAAAGUGUCCGUUUCAGUGCAAAUGUGGAGUGGUAAGAUAGGGAUUACUUGAUGGAGCUUUUGGGGAUUAAAGAGGAUAGUCGGAUAGAGGUGGAGGAUGAUAUUUGGUUCUGCCUUCCCUAGUUGGGAGGAAAAAGAAAGAUUUUUUUUGUUAUAUGAAGGAACAGAUUGUUCAACACAUUCAAGGCUGGAAUAAUCGCUUUUUAUCCAGGGCGGGGAGGGAGGUUUUGCUCAAAACUGUAAUACAAGCUAUCCCUCAAUAUGCUAUGAUUUUUUUUUAUCCCCUUAGAUCUUUGCCAGGAAAUUGAGAGAGCUAUGAAUUGUUAUUGGUGGCAAGGAAGGGUUAGUAAGGGGAGGGAAAUUGAAUGUAAGAGUUAUGAUGACUUGUGUGUUCCGAAGAAAAUGGGAGGGAUGGCCAGGAAAUUGAGGGAAUUUAAUUGAGCGAUGCUGGGGAAACAGGUUUAGAAAAUUCUAAAACAACUUGAAGCGCUUGUGAGCAGAUUACUGAAGGCUCGAUAUUUUUCUAAUCAGUCUGCUUUGGAGGCCGGAGCAGGGAAUAAUCCUUCUUUGAUAUGGAAAAGCAUCUCUGAGGCAAUCCCAAUAGUCAGGGGAGGAGCAUGUUAUUGCAUUGGACACGGCCGAAGUGUGCGGGUUUGGGAGGACCCGUGGUUACCAACUGUGGAGGGGAACAGACCAAUUUCUAAUAUACCGCAAGGUCUGGAAGACAUCACUGUAAGUUCACUUCUGACUUUAAACAAGGAAAGUUGGGAUGUAGAUAUUAUUUCUGAUAUUUUCCAGGAGGAAGAUAAGGAAGCUAUUUUGUCUAUACUGAUUGGUAGACAGGAGAGACAUGAUGAAUGAAUGUGGCUCUAUGACCGAAAGGGGGGAAUAUACACUUUGAAUCAGCUAUCACAUGCUUACGAAAAGAGACUUGGGGCGCCCAGGUUGGACGGGGGUAUAAAGUCUUGACAUUCCUCUGAAGGUGAAGGUUUUUUCUGACAAGCUUUCACGGACAGUUUGCCAACGAGGGAUAAAUUAAGACAAAGACAUGUAUCAGUGAGUGCCAUUUGUCCGCUGUGUGAGACACAUCAGGAGACAGCUAUUUCUGUUCUUCGGGACUGCACCGUGGCCAGAUCACUAUAGUGGAACAGGAGGUCAGGGAUAGGAGGUGGUACCUCGGUAGCGGAUUGGGCGGGAAACAUACUGCAAGGUAUGACUAAAGAGGAUGGCAGAUGUUUGUGAUGAUGUGCUAGAGCCUGUGGAGGAUAUGGAAUGAUAAAGUUUGCAAAAAGCAUAAGGUGAACUGGAAGGGGGCCGAUAGUGUGGGAAUGGUGGUACUGAAUGAAUGGAAGGAAGUCCAUAAGAAGCAGACAAAGGAAGCUAAUACGAGAGAUAAAAAAAAAGUGGAGCAAGCCGAAGAGAGGAUUUAUAAAAAUAAACGUGGAUGGAGCCUUGGGUCAAAGUGGCAUAAGGAGAGGUGUUUUAUUGCGGGGAGGAGGAAGAGUUUUGUUGGGAGUAAGGGCGCUACGAGUAUAGAGCUCCUCGCUAUCGGUGAAGCUGUGGAGUGGGCUAAGCAACAAGGGUGGAGGCACGUGAUUAUUGAGUCAGAUGCUUUGCUAGCAGUGCAGGGUGUGCAGGGAUCGGGAGGCUGUUCUUAUGAAGCUUUGUUAGCUGAUGAUAUUAGACAUAUGAUAGCAUUAGGUGCUGAUAUUUCUGUCCAGUACGUGCGGCGAUCACCUACUUGUAUUUGUGACCAUCUUUUGAAG